CAUCCAUACUCCACGACACCUACAGGAGGAGGUUUAACAUCUUCUGUUGAUAGUACACUGCCCCCUACCUCAUGUCCUCAAGCACUCAGUACUUGCAGGAAACUGAAACUAAUAACUCAAGUGAAUUUAAAACGUUACUAUAUGAAGGGCGUGGACACAAUAUUGGUUAGUAGAGCUGUGUUAGGUGACGAGCUGAGAGAGUGGUCUACUGGCCCUGAUUGUGUGGGCUGGUUGAGAUGGCUAGAACCACUCGUGGUCUUAUUCUGUCAGCUCUGGAGGAUCUCCUGGAAGUUGACUUCAGGAGGUUUAAGAACCAUUUGAACGACGCAACAAUUAUAACGGGCUUUGGACCCAUUCCACGGGGACGGCUGGAGAAUGCGGACCGGAUGGACACCGCCAACAUUGUCUACAAUCAUUUCUCUGAAAGAAACAGUCUCAUUGCCACCAUCAUAACGCUGGAAGCCAUAGACCAGAGGAGUCUAGCAGACAGACUUAGGUAAGGAAAUAUGUGUAAUACAGAGUGUGUGUAAUACAGAGGGUGUGUAAUACAGAGUGUGAGUGUAAUACAGAGGGUGUGUAAUACAGAGUGUGAGUGUGUGUAAUACAGAGGGUGUGUAAUACAGAGUGUGAGUGUGUGUAAUACAGAGUGUGAGUGUAAUACAGAGUGUGUGUAAUACAGAGUGUGAGUGUGUACAAGCUUUGUUAGAGGGGUACAGUAUAUAUAUAUAUAUAUAUAUACAUAUAUAUAUAUAUACAGGGCUGCCAUCAGAAAUUGUGGGGCCCAUAACACAGCUCAAGGUCUGGGCCCCCAGGUGCCUGCCUCCAAGUCCCGCCCACAGGAAUACACAUACACAGACACAAAAGGACACAGACACACACACAGAAAGAUACACACAAAUACUGAAACAGACAUACACACAUAUAGACACAUACACAGAUACACACACACACACAUACUGACAUACAGACACACACACACACUGACGUACAUACAUACUCACAUACUGACACACACAUACAUACAUACAGACAUACAUACAUACUGACAAACAGACAUACAUACAAACUGACAUACAGACAUACAUACAUACACACACAUAAAUAAAUACAUACUGACAUACAUACAAAAUGGCAUACAUACACAUACAUACUGAUAUACAUACAUACAGACAUACACACACAGAGAGAUAGAUAUAUACAUACAAAGAUACAUACAGACAUACUGACAUACACACACACAGACAUACAUGCAUACUGACAUACAUACUGAUAGAUAUAUACAUACAUACACACAUACAUACUGACAUACACACAAACAUACAUACAGACAGACAUAUAUACAUACUGACAUACAGAUAGACAUAUACACACAGACAUACUGACAUACACACAUACAUACAGACAUACAUACAUACACAUAAAUACAUACUGACAUACAGACAUACAAACAGACAUACAUACAUACACAUAAAUACAUACUGACAUACAGACAUACAAACAGACAUACACACUGACAUACAGACAUACAAACAGACAUACAUACAUACAUACACAUAAAUACAUACUGACAUACAUACAUACAUAAUGGCAUAUACACAUACAUACUGACAUACAUGCAUACUGACAUACACGCAGACAUACAUACUUGCAGACACAUACACAAACAUACAUACUGACAGACAUACAUACAGACAUACACACACACAUACAGAUAGACACAUACACACAGACAUACAUGCAUACUGACAUACACACACACAGACAUACAUGCAUACUGACACACACACAUACAUACAUACUGACAAACAGACAUACAUACAUACUGACAAACAUACAUACAUGCAUACUGACAUACACACACACAUACAGAUAGACACAUACACACAGACAUACAUGCAUACUGACAUACACACACACACACACAGACAUACAUGCAUACUGACAUACACACAUACAUACAUACUGACAAACAGACAUACAUUCAUACUGACAUACACACACACAGACAUACAUACUUGUAGGCACAUACACAGACAUACAUCCUGACAGACAUACAUACAGACAUAUAUACAUACCGACAUAUACACACACAUACAGAUAGACACAUACACACAGACAUACUGACAUAUACACACACACAGACAUACAUGCAUACAUACUGACACACACACACAGACAUAUAUACACACACACCUCAUUUAUCAGCCACCCUCCUCUUACCUUUAAGUUGCAGGAGGGUGGCUGGGGAUGAUGGGAGCAGAUGCCUCUGGUGUCCUCUCUUGUCCUCCGCUCUCCCCCCACGUGGAGUAAGCUAGGAGGAAGUGACCGGGAGUCACUUCCUCCCAGCAGCACUUGCGGUGCAGCCGCAAUUUUUUUUAAAAGGGUCCGGUCGCGCAAUUACACGACCGCAGCACUGACCGGGCCCCUGAAGAUAUUGGGCCCAUCGGGUGGCCCUAAAUGCUUGGGCCACCUGAUGGGCCCCGCUGCAGAUGCACCUGCGGCAGUUUCGCAGCGCCACGUGGGGCCCGGUUGGCCCUGUAUAUAUAUGAUGGUGGCCCUGUAUAUAUAUAUAUAUAUAUAUAUAUAUAUAUAGCUGUGUUAGUGGGGUACAAUGGAAUACAUAUAUAAAGCUGUGUUAGUAGGGUACAUAUAUUAAGCUGUGGGGUACAGUGGGAUACAUAUAUAAUUCUGUGUUAGAGGUGUACAGUGGGGUACAUACAUAAAGCUGUGUUAGAGGUGUGCAGUGGGGUACAUACAUAAAGCCGUGUUAGAGCUGUGCAGUGGGGUACAUACAUAAACCUGUGUUAGAGGUGUGCAGUGGGGUACAUACAUAAAGCUGUGUUAGAGGUGUGCAGUGGGGUACAUACAUAAAGCUGUGUUAGAGGUGUGCAGUGGGGUACAUACAUAAAGCUGUGUUAGAGGUGUGCAGUGGGGUACAUACAUAAAGCUGUGUUAGAGGUGUGCAGUGGGUUACAUACAUAAAGCUGUGUUAGAGGUGUGCAGUGGGGUACAUACAUAAAGCUGUGUUAGAGGUGUGCAGUGGGGUACAUACAUAAAGCUGUGUUAGAGGUGUGCAGUGGGAUACAUACAUAAAGCUGUGUUUGAGGUGCACAGUGGGGUACAUACAUAAGGCUGUGUUAGAGGUGCACAGUGGGGUACAUACAUAAGGCUGUAUUAGAGGGAUUCAUUUAAGGGCAUAUUGUAUCUAACACAGUUAAAUUAUUAGAUUAUAAUAUAUAUACACCCACACGCACACACAGCUGUGUAGUUUGAGCGCGUAUAUUGGGGUGUAAUACCAGGUGAGAUAAAAGAGAGCGGCUACACACACAACCUGCCCACAGGCACAACACAUACAUCGCCACACUACAAGCAGUCUCCAUACACUUGCAAAACGAGGGACCCUGCCAUACCACAUUUACUAGGGUGGUGUGGCAGGGUCAGAGAGGCUUUUUAUGUUAGUAAUAGAUUGGAGCGCUCUCUAUUCCCAGCAUGAUGGGGUUAAUUGCUGGGAGUCACCCCUUGAAUGUUAUCAACCAGGUGAAUGUAAUUAACCAGCACUAGGGUUUUAAAAGGUUAGCCUCUGAAGACAUGGGGGAUUCUAACAGCUGGGAGAGAGGAGGCAGUUAAGCCUGAGACUCUGAGAAAAAGGUACUGUGUGAAACCUGCUUAAAGUGCUGGAUUUUAUGUUGUUUAACCCCUUAAGGACGGAGCCAAAUGUACACAUUGUGAACAAAACAAAAUGUAAACAAAACCUGGCAUUUGUGCUACAUGUCUGUCCAACCGUAAUACACCUCUUUCAUAGUAAAUGCACCCACCCUUAUUAUAUAUCAUUUUAUUCAGGGGAAACAGGGCUUUCAUUUAAUAUCAAAUAUUUAGCUAUGAAACAUAAUUUAAUAUGAAAAAAAUGGGAGAAAAUACGUUUUUUUUUGGAUUUUUUUAGUUCUACAUGACAUUUUAACGGUCAAUGUCAUAAUACUGUUUGCUUUUACUGCAAUAAAAUACACAUAUUUAUAUUCAGUAAAGUCUCACGUGUAAGACAGUACCCCCUAUGUACAGGUUUUAUGGCGUUUUGGGAAGUUACAGGGUCAAAUAUAGCACGUUACAUUUGAAAUUGAAAUUCGCCAGAUUGGUUACGUUGCCUUUGAGACUGUAUAGUAGCCCAGGAAUGAAAUUUACACCCAUAAUGGCAUACCAUUUGCAAUAGUAGACAACCCAAGGUAUUGCAAAUGGGGUAUGUCCAGUCUUUUUUAGUAGCCAUUUGGUCACAAACACUGGCCAAAGUUAGCGUUAGUAUUUGUUUGUGUGUGAAAAAUGCAAAAAAUGCCAAUUUUGGCCAGUGUUUGUGACUAAGUGGCUACUAAAAAAGACUGGACAUACCCUGUUUGCAAUACCUUGGGUUGUCUACUAUUGCAAAUGGUAUGCCAUCAUAGGGGUAAUUUUCAUUCUUGGGCUACCAUAGGGUCUCAAAGGCAACGUAACCAAUCUGGCGAAUUUUAAUGUGAAAAAACUGAAAUGCAAGCCUUAUAUUUGACGCUGUAACUUUUGAAAACACCAUAAAACCUGUACAUGAGGGGUACUGUUGUACUCGGGAGACUUCGCUGAACACAAAUAUUUGUGUUUCAAAACAGUAAAAAGUAUCACAGCAAUAAUAUUGUCCGUGUAAUACUGUUUGUGCGUGAAAAAUGCAAAAAACUUCACUUUUACUGGCGAUAUCAUCGUUGUAAUACAUUUUACUGUUUUGAAACACUAAUAUUUGUGUUCAGCGAAGUCUCCCGAGUAGAACAGUACCCCCCAUGUACAGGUUUUAUGGUGUCUCGGAAAGUUAUAGGGUUAAAUAUAGUGCUAGCAAAUUAAAUUCCCUUUACUUUCGGCAUGGGUUGUCAGGCAGGUCCUGCUAAUUGUAAUUAAUUAAGAUACCUAAUUAUGUAAAAAUAUUACAUAAAUAUAUAUGUAGAAUUAAUAUAUGUGUAUAUAUAUACGUAUGUGUGUAUAUAUAUGUAUAUAUCUAUAUAAUUUUUUUAAAAUAUUUUUAUUUAUAUAUAGUGGUAUAUAUAUAGUGAUAUAUACGUAUAUAUUUAGGUAUAUAGAUAUAUAUAUUAUUUCGUUCUACGUGUAUUUUGAUAUAUAUAUAUAUAUAUAUAUAUAUAUAUAUAUAUAUAUAUAUAUAUACACCUCUCACAAAAACAAAGUUAGAACCUAAAAUAACACACACAAUUCAUAUAUUUUAAUUAUUUAUUUUAAUUAUUUUUACCUAUUUUUAACGAUUUCUACAUUUUUAUUUUUUUAUAUUAUAUACAAAUAUAUAUAUAACAAUACUAUAUAUAUAUUUCUAAUCAGUAUCAGUCUACGGUAAUUUGAUAUCUAUAUAUAUAUAUAUAUAUAUAUAUAUAUAUAUAUAUAUAUAUAUAUAUAUAUAUAUAUAUAAUUAUAUAUAUAUUAAUAGUAAAAUACACCUAGACGGUGUACGUGUGUGUAUGUAUAUGUGUAUAUAUAUACUUAGAUCAUAUAUAUAUAACAUAUAUAUGAUCUAAGUAUAUAUAAUUAUUUUUUUUUACACCAUUAACUUAUUUUUAUUUUAUUUUCAGCCAGCAGGGGGACCACCUGUCAUUACAGGCAGCCCCCCUGCCGGCAAUACAGAAGCCAGCUAUCCCCGGCCAUGUGAUUGUGGGGUCCUCGCUAGGACCCCACUCUCACAUGGCCGGGGGGCUUCGACGAGGACGGACGUGCCGCGGGGGGCUCCCUGGGAGUCCCCCCAACCGCGAUCGCCGGAGUGGGACCGCCGGCGACCGGGUAAGUUAACAAAAACCGGAGGGCGUACAAUUACGCCCGGCGGCGUUUAGAGCCGCCUAUUAGAGGGCGUAAUUGUACGUCCUCCGGUUUUAAGGGGUUAAAACUGGGAAUGAGAUUAGCUGGCCAGUUGAAUCGUUAGUAACACUGUUGUUUAGUAAGUCCAAACUUGUAUAUAUUGUGGAAAGUGACAAUAACCUGCAGUACUAUUUUAUCCCGACUGUUGCAUUUGAAGUUUAUUGUGAAGAGCCUGGCCAUCCUGCCACAGUGGUUAUAAGAUCAGGAUAUGCUGUUACACAUGGCUCACUGUAAAAUGUUAUAUUAAUUAUAUUUUAUUUGGAAUUUACAGGAACGAAAUUCCUGCAAACUAUCAGGCAGACCUCAGAUGAAUGAGCCAGCGCUAGCUCUGGACCCUCGGUGCUAUCUACGUGGGAUCAUUGAGGGACAUCUGCCUCAGCUCAGCUCCUGUGGGGAGCAUCCCUUUCCGACCAAACCCUGUGACCACUGUACUGUAACUGUCAUAUAUUUUACAUCAUUCCCAGGAGUGUUUGAUUCCAUAUUUCUAUAUUAAAGCUGAUGUUUUACUCAGUGUUAUUAAAA